AUGCAGGCCGCUCGCACAGCUGCGAAGCCCCCAACAGCCAACCUCGACGCCAACACGGCAUGCCCCGAGGCGUCCUCGUCGAGCCGUUCCCCACCUCACGAGCGGUCGCUCCCGACCUCGCCAACUCGCCGCGAGCGCAUCCUGCACGCCGUCGAGCACCGCGACAAGGCCCUCCUGCGCGAGCUCUCUGCCGAGGACGACGGCUUCAUCGACGACGAGCUGAGGCGGCGCGUCUGGCCCGCCCUGCUCGGCUGCGACGUCGCCAAGGGCAAGCAGCGCGCCAUCGAUGACGACGAGGCGCAGAGUGCUGCCGCUGUGCUGGCCGCCCUGCCUGAGCGAGAUGACGAGCGGCAGGUCCGCCUCGACAUCGCCCGCAGCCUGGUUAACUACCCUCAAGACGUGCGAGACGAGGACCGCGACGGCCUGCGUAUCAAGCUCGAGCGGGCCAUCCUCAUCGUCCUGCGGCGGCACCCGGCGCUGCACUACUUCCAGGGCUACCACGACAUCGUCUCGAUCCUCCUCCUCGUCCUGCGCGACGAAGCGCUCGUCGCCGAGACGGCCGAGCGCCUGAGCCUGCACCGCAUCCGCGACAACAUGGGCGCCGGGCUCGAGCCGACACUGGGCUACUUGCGACUCGUCGACCGCAUCGUCGAGCAGGCCGACCACGAGCUGUACCGCAUCGUCAACCAAGCCGCGUCGAUGCCGUUCUUCGCCCUGUCGUGGGUCCUCACCCUCUUGAGCCACGACCUCGAGUCGGUCGCCGUCAUUGCGCGCCUGUUCGACUUUCUCCUCGCGCACAACCCGGUCAUGGUCUGCUACCUCGUCGUCGCUAUCCUCCUCGUCAAGAAGGACGACCUCGUCGACGUUGCCUCGUCGUGCGAGGACGACCCGGCCAUGAUUCACUCGGCCCUGUCGCAGCUGCCGCACAUUGUCCUGCGCGACCACCCUGCGACCCCGUCCCCGACCUCGCCUUCUCCCGCGCCGUCCACCUCGACCUCGCGCCGAUCCUCGCCCUCGCCCUCGCCCUUGCCCUCGUCCUCGUCCUCGCCAGCCCCGUCGCGCAAGCCCGCUGUACCACCCGACGCCGACGCCGACGCCGAGCCCGAGGACGAGGACCUCCUGUCGGGCGCCUCGUUCCUCGGCUCGUCGUCGACGCUCAACCUCGACUUUGCGCGCUCGCCGUCCGUCAGCGGUGCAAGCGCCCUGUCCGACUCGGAGGAGCUCGACGACGAGCUGUCGUUCGUCGGGAGCAGCAGCGGCGCGAGCGUGUCGGACGCCGGCGGCGAGAGCAGCACGGGGCGGCGGCGGGGCAGGCUGUCGCUGUCGCUGUCGACGUCGUGGGCGAGUGGAGCGCUCGGUGACGACGAGGACGACGACGACGAGGACGACGCCGAGGCGCUGCACGACUCGAUGUUCUCGGACCCGGACAUUGACGGCCUCGCGUUCGACCCCUUCCCGCCCUCGUCCCUCCCCUCGGUCCCCUCGGCUUCGUCCACCUCGCGCACCCCUCCCCCUCCACGCUCGCGCUCGCGCACCCCGAGCCCGCCGCGCCUCUCGCGCUCCGGCCACGUCUUCCUCCCCUCGCCAACCUCGCCCGCGCGCCCCGCACCGCGCACCGUCCUCGCGUCCGACCUCGUCCGGUCGGCCCUCGCGCUGUACGACGCGCACCCUCUGCUGCUUCCCCCUGCCAGCGGCGGCGGGAGCAGUAUUCGCGCAGACGAGGUCCUCGGACCGCAGAGCUGCGUCUUUACGUGCGCCGCGUCGGACGACGGCGCGCUGUCGGACGCGCAGGCCGAGGACAUUGUGCGGCGCGGCGAGGGCAUCGUGCUGCCCGACCGGCCGCCGCCGCUGCCUCUCGCUCCCGACGCCGACGCCGACGCCGACGAGCCGGACGACGCAGGCGGGUUCGAGCUCGUCGACCGUCCUGGGUCUGGGUCGAGCCGCCGAGCAGCGAGGCGCACCUCGUCGUCCCUCGGGCUCAACCUCGGGCCGCACGGCUGGCUCGUCGUCGGUGGCGUCGCCAUCGCGGGCGCGGCGGUCGCACUCGGCGUGUACAACGGGGGCGUCGGCGCGGUCGGGGUCGGGCUCGGGCGCGGCGGUGGUGCGGGAGGGGGAGGGGGAGGAGGAGGGGCGGGACUCGGGACGGCGGGCGUCGGGCUCGGCGCGGCGGGGGGACGAGGUGGAGCGCAGGCCGUGUUUGGUGGGGCGCGGGCGCAGGCGCAGGCGGCGUUCGUCGUCGAGCACGGGGCGAGGUUGGUGUAGCUCU